CCUGAAAUCUCAUCUCCUUUCUCCUUCCCCCCUCCAGACACUCUGCCGUCUGCACUAGAGACAAAAAGAAGAGGAUGCCUCGGAACAUUCAGACAGGCGAAUGUGACUCUGGAUCCAGACACGGCCCAUCCCGAGCUUGUCCUGUCUGAGGAUGGGAAAAGUGUGAGCUGGGGAGACACACACCAGGAUCUGCCCGACAACCCUGAGAGAUUUGACACUCAGCCCUGUGUGCUGGGCUGUGAGGGAUUCACCUUGGGGAGACAUUGCUGGGAGGUGGAGGUGGAGGUGGAGGUGGAGGUGGGGAGUGGGCGAUACUGGGCUGUGGGGGUGGCCAGAGAGUCUGUGAGGAGGAAGGGACAGAUCAGCCGUAGCCCUGAGGGGGGGAUCUGGGCUGUGGAAUGGGGCUGGUGGGGUCAGUUGCAGGCUCUCACCUCCCCUGUGACCCCCCUGCCCCUGAGCCGGGCCCCCAGCAGGAUCCGGGUUUGUCUGGACUGUGACCGGGGGCAGGUGACAUUUAUCGAUGCUGGUGACGAGGCCCCGAUCUUCACUUUCCCGCUGGGCUCCGUCCCUGGGGAGAGAAUCCGACCCUGGCUCUGGGUGGGGGACAGAGACACCCAGCUCCGACUGUGUCCCUGAGACAUGCGGGGGAGAGGGGAAGAAUAUCCCACUCGGGAACCGGAAAUCAGCCUAUCUAGCCUCAUGGGCCCCAGACUCUAUGAUCUUGGAGGAUUCCUAUCUACCCAGCCCCUGGCUCCUCAUCUCUAUGGCCCCUGGAAGCUCCUCCCUCCCUCUCUGCAGCCCCAGGGAUGGGGGUGAGAACCCCUGGAGUUGCAGGAGGAGCAGAAGGGCCCUAAGGGGCAGAUGUGGGGGCUGUGCAGGGGGCAGAACUAACAGCUGGGCUGGGCACAGGCAGACAUGGGAAAG